AGUGGAGUGUGCGGACUGUCAGCAGGCGGGGCGCCCCCGCCGCGCCCCGCCUCUUUCUCUCGAGGCUCAGUCGCGCCCAGCGCCGUCGCUGCCAGCGGGCGCCGGGCCGAGCCGCCCCAGCCACUGCCAGCCUCGCCGGGACCGACAGAUAAGGAGCUCAGAGUCAGGCAAGGGCGGAAUGACACUCAUCGGUUCCAAAGCAUCUUUCACCUACCAAGCAGAGGGCCCUUUGCUGUUGGUCUUUCUUGGACCAUUCCAGAGAGGACGACUGGUAUCUGAGAAGUAAGAGAGCAGGAUGCCCCCAGGGGUUGACUGCCCCAUGGAAUUCUGGACCAAGGAGGAGAAUCAGAGCGUAGACGUGGACUUUUUGCUGCCCACGGGGGUCUACCUGAACUUCCCUGUGUCCCGAAAUGCCAACCUCAGCACCAUCAAGAAGGUGUUGUGGCACCGAGCCCAGUAUGAGCCGCUCUUCCACAUGCUCAGCGACCCCGAGGCCUACGUGUUCACCUGCGUCAACCAGACUGCGGAGCAGCAGGAGCUGGAGGACGAGCAGCGGCGGCUGUGCGACAUCCAGCCCUUCCUGCCGGUCCUGCGCCUGGUGGCCCGCGAGGGUGACAGGGUGAAGAAGCUCAUCAACUCGCAAAUCAGCCUGCUCAUAGGCAAAGGGCUCCACGAGUUCGACUCCUUGCACGACCCGGAGGUGAAUGACUUUCGAGCCAAAAUGCGCCAGUUCUGCGAGGAGGCGGCCGCCCGCCGGCAGCAGCUGGGCUGGGAGGCCUGGCUGCAGUACAGCUUCCCGCUGCAGCUGGAGCCCUCCGCGCGGAGCUGGGGGCCCGGCACCCUGCGCGUCCCCAACCGUGCCCUCCUGGUCAACGUCAAGUUCGAGGGCAGUGAGGAGAGCUUCACCUUCCAGGUAUCUACCAAGGAUGUGCCCCUGGCCCUGAUGGCCUGUGCCCUGCGGAAGAAGGCCACGGUGUUCCGGCAGCCGCUGGUGGAGCAGCCCGAAGACUACACGCUGCAGGUGAACGGCAAGCAUGAGUACCUGUAUGGCAGCUACCCGCUCUGCCAGUUCCAGUACAUCUGCAGCUGCCUGCACAGCGGGCUGACGCCCCACCUGACCAUGGUGCACUCCUCCUCCAUCCUCGCCAUGCGGGACGAACAGAGCAACCCCGCCCCCCAAGUCCAAAAGCCCCGCACCAAACCGCCCCCCAUUCCCAUGAAGAAGCCCUCCUCCGUGUCCCUGUGGUCCCUGGAGCAGCCCUUCUGCAUCGAGCUGAUCCAGGGCAGCAAAGUGAAUGCCGACGAGCGGAUGAAGCUGGUGGUGCAGGCCGGGCUGUUUCAUGGCAACGAGACGCUGUGCAAGACGGUGUCCAGCUCGGAGGUGAGCGUGUGCUCGGACCCAGUUUGGAAGCAGCGGCUGGAGUUCGACAUCAAUGUCUGCGACCUGCCGCGCAUGGCCCGCCUCUGCUUCGCCCUCUAUGCCGUGAUUGAGAAGGCCAAGAAGGCUCGUUCCACCAAGAAGAAGUCCAAGAAGGCGGACUGCCCCAUCGCCUGGGCCAACCUCAUGCUGUUUGACUACAAGGACCAGCUCAAGACAGGCGAGCGCUGCCUCUAUAUGUGGCCCUCGGUCCCAGAUGAGAAAGGCGAGCUACUGAACCCCGCGGGGACCGUGCGGAGUAACCCCAACACUGAGAGCGCGGCUGCCCUGGUCAUCUUUCUGCCCGAGGUGGCCCCGCACCCUGUGUACUACCCUUCCCUGGACAAGAUCCUGGAGCUGGGGCGGCAUGGAGAGCACGGGCGCUUCACGGAGGAGGAGCAACUGCAGCUGCGGGAGAUCCUGGAGCGGCGGGGGUCCGGGGAGCUGUACGAGCACGAGAAGGACCUGGUGUGGAAGAUGCGGCACGAGGUCCAGGAGCACUUCCCCGAGGCACUGGCCCGGCUGCUGCUGGUCACCAAGUGGAACAGGCACGAGGACGUGGCCCAGAUGCUCUAUCUGCUGUGCUCCUGGCCCGAGCUGCCCGUCCUGAGUGCCCUGGAGCUGCUGGACUUCAGCUUCCCUGACCGCCACGUGGGCUCCUUCGCCAUCAAGUCCCUGCGGAAACUGACGGACGAUGAGCUUUUCCAAUACCUGCUGCAGCUGGUGCAGGUGCUCAAGUACGAGUCCUACCUCGACUGCGAGCUGACCAAAUUCCUGCUGGACCGGGCCCUGGCCAAUCGCAAGAUCGGCCACUUCCUCUUCUGGCACCUCCGCUCCGAGAUGCACGUGCCGUCGGUGGCCCUGCGCUUCGGCCUCAUCAUGGAGGCCUACUGCAGGGGCAGCACCCACCACAUGAAGGUGCUGAUGAAGCAGGGGGAAGCGCUGAGCAAGCUGAAGGCCCUGAACGACGUCGUCAAGGUGAGCUCCCAGAAGACCACGAAGCCCCAGACCAAGGAGCUGAUGCACCUGUGCAUGCGCCAGGAGACCUACCUGGAGGCCCUCUCCCACCUGCAGUCCCCGCUUGACCCCAGCAUCCUGCUGGCUGAAGUCUGCGUGGAGCAGUGCACGUUCAUGGACUCCAAGAUGAAGCCGCUGUGGGUCAUGUACAGCAACGAGGAGGCAGGCAGUGACGGCAGCGUGGGCAUCAUCUUUAAGAACGGGGACGACCUCCGGCAGGACAUGCUGACCUUGCAGAUGAUCCAGCUCAUGGAUGUUCUGUGGAAGCAGGAGGGGCUGGACCUGAGGAUGACUCCCUACGGCUGCCUCUCCACCGGGGACCGCACAGGCCUCAUCGAGGUGGUGCUCCACUCGGACACCAUUGCCAACAUCCAGCUGAACAAGAGCAACAUGGCGGCCACGGCGGCCUUCAACAAGGAUGCUCUGCUCAACUGGCUCAAGUCCAAGAACCCCGGGGAGGCCCUGGAUCGAGCCAUCGAGGAGUUCACCCUGUCCUGCGCUGGCUACUGCGUGGCCACGUACGUGCUGGGCAUCGGGGAUCGGCACAGCGACAACAUCAUGAUCCGCGAGAACGGGCAGCUGUUCCACAUUGAUUUCGGCCACUUCCUGGGAAAUUUCAAAACCAAGUUUGGAAUCAACCGUGAGCGAGUCCCGUUCAUCCUUACCUAUGACUUUGUCCACGUGAUCCAGCAGGGGAAGACGAAUAAUAGUGAGAAAUUUGAAAGGUUCCGGGGCUACUGUGAACGAGCCUAUGCCAUCCUGCGGCGCCACGGGCUGCUCUUCCUCCACCUCUUCGCCCUGAUGCGGGCAGCAGGCCUGCCUGAGCUCAGCUGCUCCAAAGACAUCCAGUACCUCAAGGAACCCAACAGCCAUAAACGGAAACGCGCCCUUCGCGCAGGGCAGGGGCACUGUUCCCCGUCGGAGCCCUGGGCACUUUGAAGCUGCAUCUUGCCGAGGAUUUGUAACCUCAAGUCUUCCAGCUGGUGGAUCUGGAGCCAGCAAGGACUGUUCUCCCAUGGAGGAGUUUCCCCAGGCUCCCGCUGGACCACACAGGUCUUGGGGCCUGGCAGCUACCUGGUGCCUCUGCCCAGACAGGGCGCCCACGCGUCUUCGCCCCUCCACCUCUGGGCCCUCCGUUGACUGAGUUCUCGCCACUCCUGGAGGAUGCCCAGGUACCCUCUAGAUUCAGGGAUGCUUGCUUUCCACUUGUAAAGGGACUCUUGGGUACGGGAAUUCUCUCAUCUCUGCUGUAAAGCGAUUUUGUUAUAGCGGGUAAGAAAAAAAAUUGCCGAACUACUUAUUCAACCUCUAUGGCUAAGGAGAACAGCUCCAGCCCCCGUCAAGUGCAGGGCACCCUGGUCCUUGAGACACGUGAAAAAGAUCUGAACUUGACUGAGCUCAUCCUGGUCGCGGAUCAAGAUGCAGACAGGUGCAAGUAAUUUGUGCAAUUAUGAGUAACCUCCUCUGAAGGUGGGUUUAGAGGUGGUGCAGGACCCACUCUCUCCCACUUACCUUUGAGAACCUGCCCCAAGGACCCAGGUACCAGAAGCGUGAGGGUUGGGGGGUGAGGUGGCGUCUUCUCCUCUGCCAGUAACUAGCUUGCAGUGGUUCAGGCUCAGCCUUAGGUGCAUCUGAACUUGAGAAAUGCAACUUCCCGGGCCUCCCCCAGCCUUCUGAAGCCAACUCUGGAGAUGGGGCCAAGGAUCUGGGCUUGCAGAAGCCCCCAGGUGAGCUUACCACAUUAACAGCCGACUCAGGCUCCCCCGAGCUACACUGUUUACCUCUCAAGGCCUUGCGGGGCUCAGCAGAUCCAGAGGUAGCUGCUGUCUUGAGCCCAGGUGCAUGGCCUGCAGAAAAGCCCAGGAGCCAACUGUUUUUGGGUAAGGGGCAUGGCCCAGAGCAAUCCGUGCCAUCCUGAGCCCCACGGGCCACCCCGGUUCCCAAUCAACUGCUCCAUUCAUCAGGCCCACCUCACCUGUUUGGAAAUAGGAAAAGCCGAGGGUAUGUCUGUUAUUUAUUUAAAUGAGCCUGUGCUUCUCGGAAUGGGCAGCACGCUGCAUACACACAGCAAUUCCUGGUUUGUGCGCACAGCCUGUGUGCCUGGCGAGAAGAAUGUUUUCUAUUUUUUUUUUUUUUAAAUCAUUGCUGUUUCUGUAUGUGAAAGGCCAGUUCAACAUAACUGACAUAGGUUGAGACUGGCACGCUGAAAAACCUUGAAAGAGAAGGCAAAACAGAUUAAAAGAAAUAAAAGCCUUUGUAUGUUAUGUUCUUGGCUCUAAAAGAAACAAGGGAGUAAGAGGACAGGGUUAAAAUGAAAGCAAGGAGUUCCCAAGGUGGCACAGCAGAAAUGAAUCUGACGAGCAUCCAUGAGGACGCAGGUUCGAUCCCUGGCCUCGCUCAGUGGGUUAAGGAUCCGGGUUGCUGUGAGCUGUGGUAUAGGUCGCAGACGCGGCUCGGAUCUGGCAUUACUGUGGCUGUGGUGUAGACCGGCAGCUGUGGCUCCGAUUCUACUCCUAGCCUGGGACCCUCCAUGUGCCAUGAGUGUGGCCUUAAAAAGACAAAAAAUAAAAUAAAAACAAGAGGGAGUUUCUUGGUGGCUUAGGGGGUUAAGGAUUUGGCAUCGUCACCAGGAUUUCACUCCUCGCCUGGGAACUUCCAUGUGCCAUGGGUGGGACCAGACAAAGAAAACAAGGCAAAAAACAACCCACUCUCUCACUGGAGUUAGAACCAGACUUUAUUGUAGUGUAUACACUUUCUGACCUAUCAUCAAUAUACACAUCUGAAAAGUGACACCGCGGCGGCUAUAGACGGGCCUGCCUCCACAGAGCGUCUACCCAUUGUCUAAACAGAGCAGCUACAGCGACAGCACAUAGGGGGAUGGCCACACAGGACGCAGGACAGCUGGCAGUGUCCUCGAAACUAGCAGUUAUGAUCACAGAACAGUGUUCAAAAUUAUCUCCCCCCGUUUUAGAAAUUAAAGUUUUACAUGUAACUGAAAACCCGAGGGCUUUAGGGGUUUUAGCUUCCCUUGCCCUACCCCACCUGCUGGGCGUGGGCUUGACCCCAGGACUCUGCGGAGGAUGGGGAGUCGAGCACUGCCUUGGGGCCAUGGGGUGUCGUUUCAGCAAAUCUGCAGAUCCCUCAGGCCUGCUGGCGUCUCCAAACCAAGCGCUCAGAGGGUCUGCACCGACCGUGAGAUUGCCGUGUGCUCCCACGGCAAGGAGGUGGACAGGGGCUCGGGGUGAAGCCCCAGGCUGCGCCCGAGUCCAGGUUCCUGCACAAGGAGCUGCCAGUCCUCGGAGAAGCGAGCAACGAGGCCGGGGACCCCAGCUCCCCCUCUCCCCUCCCGCCAAGGCAGGAAUGGGCAGAAUCCCAAAGAAAAGACUGGCCAUCUCCAGCCUCCCAAGAGGGUCCCUGAUCUG